CUCUGUCAUCAAUGGGGAAAAAAAACACCGCGAAGUCGAUUCAACGUUUAGAUGUAAAUCUGUUCAAAGUUCAGCAACUCCUUCCAUGCCAGGACUAUUUAAAGGCAAUAGGGGCCCACCUCUCUCUUGUGGCUUUGCUCAUCCUGGGAAGAGACAUAAUCGGCUGCUAGAAUGUUACCAAAAGACAUUUACAUUGUGGCCUGUUUGGCUCUUGUGAUCAACACUCACUUCCUUGGGGCGAUUGAUUUAGACUUUGAUCCAGCAUUGAGACUACCUGCAUCUAGAUUCUUUGAUACUGGGAUAACAGAGACACCACCAGCUACAACUUCUACAGCACCAGCUACGACUUCUACUCCGGCGACCACGACUACUGUGGAUAGAACUAAAUACUCAAAAGUAACACCACCAGCUACGACUUCUACACCACCAGCUACGACUUCUACUCAGAAGCCAGCAUCAAACAUAACUGCUCAUUCCAUUCUCUCAUUGAUCUUCAAUACAAACGUUGCUUCCACUACACAGACACCGCCGACCACAACUUAUAAAUCAACAACCACGACUUCAGAGUUACACCCCUUGCAAGACAAAUCUGACAGUCUGAUAGAGUUACCGAAAAUUUUAAGAACUAUUUUGGAGAAUGCCAUUUCGGGAAAAAAUCCUCAGACGACAACGGUAGCGCCAUCUGCAGUGCGAGCAACAGCUUCACCAACGACCACACCAAAUACCGCAUCUACAAUGACCACUACAAGCGCAGCACCUACAACAACGACCACUUCAAGUACCAAACCCACAACGACCACACCAAAUGCCACAUCUACAAUGACCACUACAAACGUAGCACCCACAACAACCACACGAAAUGCCACAUUGACAAUGACCACUACAAGCGCAGCACCUACAACAACGACCACUUCAAGUACCAAACCCACAACGACCACAGCAAGCACCGCACCAAUUAUGACCGCACCAAAUACUGCACCAACAACGACCAAACCAAGCAAUACAUUUAUAUUUCCCGCACCAAGUGUCGCACCUUUAAUGACCACGUCAAGAGCUCCACACAUAACGACACCAAGUGCUGCACAUAUAAUGACCACGCCACGUGGUGCAAAUAAAAGGACCACGCCACGUGGUGCACUUAAAAUGACCACGCCGAGCACAUCAACAGGCUUUGAACAUAUACAGCAGCAGACUACAACCAGACCCAUAAAGCAAUAUAGUUUUCCUAACUAUUAUUAUCACCCUAACAAUAAAAAAGUCAAGGUCUACGGUAAAGGGAACCCAGCGGAAACCACAUCAGAAGAAGAUAAGGCCCCUAACAAUCCACUGGCAGUGAUAUAUAUUUAUCCAAACUCAAACAUAAAAAAACUGACUGACAGAAGAGGUGUUCUUGAAGAAGAAAACAACUAUAUAUCUCCGCAGGAAACUGACCUUGACCUUGUUACCUUAGACGAAAAGUAUGAAAAUGCAAACUUUUUAAUGACAUCGUAAGAGAAGACUUCACGCUUUCAUAGAAGAACAGCGUAGCUCUCUAACAAGCUUGAGGAAAAAAAUAAAGCCCAUUCUGAAAUUGACUAACGCAUGUUCUUUAACUCUAUGCCUUAAAUGAGCAAAAGAUAAUAAUAAAGAAAAAAAAUUGUAAC